CUCCUUCCUCCACUCCAACUGCUGCGCUCGUCACGUGUCACCCCGUCCACCAAUCAGUGUCCACCAGAGCCAGCCCGGAGAGCAGCAGUCCUCAGAUCCAGCCAGCCACUGCUGCGACCCACGCCGCUAAGCGACAGCAGCGGCGGCGGUGGCCGGGGGAGGGAUUGUUUUGGUUUAAGUUUUUGGGAUUGUUGUUUUAUUUAUCUGUCCGCGUCUUGAUAAGAAGUUUAACUUUUAAGAUGUUUUGUGCGCUUUUCAUUUACUCACCGGUUUUCUCCCCCCAUUCGGAGGAGAUACUGUGGAUGAAGCGGUUUUAAAAGAGGAGCAACUUUUCCCCAAUCAACCAACAGGCUGACCUAUGCUAAGCUAACUCGCUAGCCAGGAGUCUGGAAUGCAGUUUGUGCUUAAAGUUCACAAACCAUUAGCCAAACUUUACAUUCCGCAACUCGACUGCUACGAGCUAUUUACUUGCGGGUUUGGACGGGACACCAGCCCCUGGGAGGCUCUGUGUUUCUCCUCGGGUCGGACGGUGCAGGUGCACCUCUUGCGGCACCUGCGGAAACUUGGUAACUUUGCUCCAUCGGUUUAUGGCUAACUUUUAGUUUUAUCACAGGGCAUUUUGAUAUCACGUUGUUACUUAGUUUGCUUACAAAUAUUAUAUAGGCAAUUCAUGGCGUAUUGCUCGCUUUUAAUAAGUCUCAGGCGUAAGCCCAUGAAGCGGUGGUGUUUGCUAAGCCGUAUUUCGGCUAAUCUUAGCGAGCAGCCUCGCUGGGUUGCUCAUUGACCAUCAUACUUCUACCCGAGUGGCGACGUGGAUACACGCUUCUAGGCUGCUUCUCUCACGGGACUUUGGGCACGAUUUGACUUUCCUGGGUGCUGCGCAGGGGAUUCACCUCGCUAAAGUGACAUAAUGGGUAUAUUUAAAAGUUAUAUUUUAAAGUUUUAAGUAUUUUUUUUUUUUUGGUUCUAUAAGCUCUGCACCCUAUGGUGCCGCUAGGGCCACCGAGAAAUGGAUGUCUCUCAGGCCGCUUCCCUAAACGGUGAAGGGCGGCCGGGCGGCGGUGGGGCCGGGGAACAUGCCUGGACAGAGUGCCCGACUGUCCGGUCGUGGGCUCACUCUGCCCCGCUGUGUCCCACUCGGUCCCUGUGGACCGCCGCGUACGACUACGAGGCAAGCGGCGAGGACGAGCUCAGCCUCAGGAGAGGGGACGUAGUCGAGGUCCUGUCCAAGGACGCUGCGAUCUCCGGGGACGAAGGAUGGUGGACGGGCAAGCUGAACCACCGGGUCGGGAUUUUCCCUUCUAAUUACGUCACGUACCAGCCAGCUAUUUACCGUCUUCCCGCAACCAGUGGGUCGGCGGGGGUGUCGGAGCAAGUGCCCAGCUCGCCCACUCAGAUUCCCUUCAGUGAACUGGUGCUGGAGGAAAUCAUUGGCGUGGGUGGGUUUGGCAAAGUCUACCGGGGAACAUGGAAAGAUCAGGAGGUCGCGGUGAAAGCGGCUCGGCAAGACCCGGAUGAGGACAUCACGGCCACCGCCGCCAGCGUCAAGCAGGAGGCCAAGCUGUUUUCCAUGCUGCAGCAUCCCAACAUCAUCAAACUGGAGGGGGUGUGCUUGGAGGAGCCCAACCUGUGCCUGGUGAUGGAGUAUGCCCGAGGCGGGACGCUGAACCGGGCGCUGACUGGAAGGCGCAUCCCACCUCACAUCCUGGUCAACUGGGCCGUGCAGAUCGCACGCGGGAUGCUCUAUCUGCACGAGGAGGCCGUGGUACCCAUCAUCCAUCGGGACCUGAAGUCCAGUAACAUCUUACUACUUGAAAAAAUUGAGAACGAUGACAUCGGGCGGAAGACCUUGAAGAUCACGGACUUCGGCCUCGCAAGGGAGUGGCACAAAACUACAAAAAUGUCAGCUGCUGGCACCUACUCCUGGAUGGCCCCAGAGGUCAUCAAGUCCUCGCUCUUCUCCAAAGGCAGCGAUGUGUGGAGUUACGGUGUCCUGCUGUGGGAGCUGUUGACGGGCGAAGUGCCGUACCGAGGGAUCGAUGGUCUGGCUGUUGCUUACGGUGUUGCUGUCAACAAGUUAACUCUUCCAAUCCCCUCCACCUGCCCAGAGCCCUUCGCCAAGCUUAUGGAGGAGUGCUGGGACCAGGACCCUCACGUCCGCCCCUCCUUCUCCUGCAUCCUGGAGCAGCUGUCGGCCAUCGAGGAGGCGGUGAUGGCCACCAUGCCUCAGGACUCCUUCCACAGCAUGCAGGACGACUGGCGGGUGGAGAUCCAGGAGAUGUUCGAUGAACUCAGGACCAAAGAGAAGGAGCUGCGCUCCAGGGAAGAGGAGCUGACGCGGGCCGCCCUGCAGCAGAAGUCUCAGGAGGAGCUGCUGAAGCGGCGCGAGCAGCAGCUGGCGGAGCGGGAGAUCAACGUGUUGGAGAGGGAGCUCAACAUCCUCAUCUUCCAGCUCAACAAGGACAAGCCCAACGUCAAGAAGAGGAAAGGCAAAUUCAAACGCUCCCGGCUCAAACUGAAGGAUGGAAACCGCAUCAGUCUGCCCUCAGACUUCCAGCACAAGAUAACCGUGCAGGCGUCGCCUUCCAUGGACAAGCGGCGCAGCCUUCACAGCACCAGCUCCUCUCCCCCCAGCAGCCCCACGCUCAUCCCCCGACUGCGAGCCAUCCAGCUCACGCAAGACGAGAGCAACCGUACGUGGGGCCGCAGCUCCCUCUUCAGGCCGGAGGAGUUCGACGAUGUGAAAAAAGGAAUCAAGAAGAAAGGAAGAACCUGGGGCCCCAGUUCAGUUCAGAGCAAAGAGAGACCUGCUGCUGCUGAGAGGGUGCGUCCUCUGUCAGACGGCAGUAACCCCUGGUCCACCAGCCUGCUGAAGUCCCAGAAGUCUGUUCCCCUCGCCGCUCUGUUCGGCGAACAAGCGGGAGCAGGCAGGGAGGAAGCGUUCCCCCAGGAAUGUCCUGACAGCAGCUCCAAACCAAAGCAGCUCAAGUUCCCCAACCAGGUUUACAUCGACCUUCCUCUGUGGAGGGACGAGACGCAGCCUCAGAGCCCCGGUGGGAACGGCGGACCGGGCGAUGCCGGGGUCGGUGGAGGAAGUCCCCCGGAGACUCCGGAGGACCCCUGCACCACCACAUCCACCUCUUCCACCUCCACAACCCCUCAGCUGACCCCCACCAACAGCCUGAAGAGGGCGUCAGCGCGACGGAAGACCGACUUUGCGCUGUACGGCUGCGGCUCGCUGCUGGCUUCCGUGGUCCUGGGUUACGACAUCAGAGAGGCCAUCAGGACCUCAGCUCCUCCUGAGGAGUGCGAGACCCCAAAAGAGGAGAAGAAGAAGAAGGAGGGCCUGUUUCAGCGCGCAACCCGGUUCCGCCGCAGCACCUCCCCGCCGGGCGGCCGCUCCCGCAGAGAAGACACGUCUUCAAACGGUGCCGGCGCCCCACCGGUGAACCUCGUCUCGAUGUCGGCCAUCAUGGAGUGCAACUCCACCAAGUGCCUCUUGCAGCCGGAGGCGGAGGUGUCGGAACCGAGUCCUGGGAAGGCUGAGCCUGCGGUCGACGAUCGCCACUCGGAAACGUCUCGACCCCUCAGAGCAGCAACUGUAGAGAGUCAGAGCAACAAGCCUGCAGCUGAAACCCAGAAGGCAGAACAAAGUCAGAGUCGGCCCCCAGAGCAGAGCAACCACAACACAGGAACACGACUGCGCAGGAAGAAGUACACCACCAACCACAACACCCACAACGGCCCUCCGGCGCCACCUGCUGCUCAGAGGAAGCAGGAGAAGGAGGAAAAGCCGGCCAACGGAGACGCCGUCCCACGGCAGAGGCCCGUGUCGUUCCGGGCCAAGCCCCACGCCUGGGCCCUGCUGCGGGGCCGCAACAAGAGCUACUCCCUGGGCCACUACUCCGGGGAGAAGACGGCCCAGGACCUGAGCGUGGUGCUGUCCUCGGAGGUGGGCUGCUCGCUGCUCGACAUGGACACGGAGGGGCAGAAGCGGGACUGCACCGUGCCGCUCUGCCGCAUCCAGAGCUCCCCAGCACGGCCCUCCAUGUUUGAGCUGGAGAAAGAGUUUUUCUCCUAGGAGCCUGGAGCUUUGACCUGCUCUGAGCUAAGCGAGGCAGGCUGGGGGGUUUUAGACGUACGCUGCCUUUGUUCCUUUUUGUCUCUAAAAGCACCAUAGAAAGAAGGUUGGUUUUUUUUCCCUUAGUGCCUGAGCAAAGUGACGUUGGGGCGUCACAGUGCUCUAAAAGAACCGCCUUAAACACGGCCGUGUUUCCAGGACGGACUCUGACCUCUGACCUCGCCCUCGUCAUUACCCCGCCCUCCCCUCCGUACGUCAUUGCAGCUCAACGUUGACCGCCGCUGCAUCUCUCCCCAACUCAAAUCACCUUUUUAUUUAUUUUUAUCGGUAAUUUAAUAUGAACUGUUAGCAGGCAGCAGGACAUACAUUCCACCUCUGUUUCACAGCUGCGUCAUCAGGCUCGUAGAUUUAUUUUCUCACUUAAGAAUCAUGCAUGUAAACUUGAAAUGUUCACAAAAAAAAAAAGGCAAUGUUUGUAAAUAUGACUUUUUACCCACCGUCAGCCUAAUGCUGCUGUUGUUUUCUAUUGCAAACAUGUUUUGCGACUGUCAGCUCAGUCUGUGCAGUAGGGACAGGUUACAUUAUCAGGACUAGAGCUGAAGCAUCUGCUGCUCCACCCAGAACGGCCUGAAGAUUAUAGAGAUGCAGGUAGAAAAUCACUGGAAGUCUUACAAAGCAGACAUGGACUCUAUUCUUGUAAAAAAAAAAAUGAAAAGAAAAGAAAA